AUGUCAGAUGGAUUUAUCCCUAUAGUCUCUAUCUUCUAUGCGGUAUUUCAUCCAACAGAGGGUACAAAAAUCGUACACCAGUUUCCAGAAAAUUUGAUAUCAACAAAUGCAUCAAUUGCCAAUGGAGGACUGGAAGAAGACGAUGAAGAGUUAAGCACUGGGUUAUUCAAUUUCGAUACUGUGAAAAACUACGUGAUACCAAAACCACAAUUAUGCAAUCAGUUACUUUCUUUUAAAAUCAACAAUUAUAAACUUAUUGGGUACCCCGUCAACAUGGUGAAUGAUCAUUAUGCAAGAAAUUCAUUCAACUUUAAUUUUUGUUUUGUUUUCAAUUACGAGUUGGGUGAUGUUAGUCCUUAUGAGCCGGCCAUAAAACGCAUGGGCCAAAUGUUUCAAGUCUUGGAAGAACAAAAUCUCAUAUUGAGUAAGUUGGAUAAAGAUAAUUCGUUUUACAAGGAUGGGAAAAGUGGUGUACAAGAGAUUAUGGAGUCGACUUUGAAAAUUGAUGAUUUGGAAUUGUAUGCCAGUGGAAGCGGGUCGAAGUUGCCGGCUGGCAGUGCUCCAUUGGCUGCCACUUCUGCAGAGAAUGAUGCCAGUGUGAAUGCGCCAGGCCAUUCGAAAACUAAGCGAAUCGCUUUGUCAUCGAUUGAAUCAUUGAUUCAGCAAAUUUAUCAAGAUUUGAACAAUUAUUCCGAGUGCUGUAUCCCUUUGGAUAGCUCAAAUUCUGUUGAUAUCAAGCUAUUUCCCUUGUUACCGCCCCCAAUCAACUUGAAAGCGUUCCAAAUACCCAUAGCCACCGUCAAGCUUAAAUCAUUAGUUGAUUUAAACUGGGAUCCAACAAUGGUGAAAAUACUUCCAUACAUUGAUGGAAUAAACUCAGUUAAACGGAUCAGUAAAUUGGCAGAUGCCAAUUAUCUUGUUACAAAGCAGUGUAUUCAACAUUUAAUGCAUUAUAACUGUAUUGAAUUGAUUGAUGUUUUCCAAUUCAGCAACAUAUAUGCCCCCACCAACAAUAUUGGUGAUUUUUUGAAAUCAGAUGCAAGAAUGGCUGAACAGUGCCAAGCAUACGUUGUGACCAAUGGGUCAGCGUCUGAUUCCAUGCGUACGUCAUCAUUCAACAAUACCCCAGCCCAAAAUUCACCCAAACCAAUAAAUGAAGGUGAUAGUAGUGGUAGUAGUACUUCACCACAAACCUUCAAUUUCAGACGUAGUAUGCCCUCGGGUGGCAGCACGUCUCCAUUUAUGAAACUGCAAAAUUUCCUAUCUCGAUCGCCCAAGUCCUUCUUUGCGCAGUAUUCCAAUGUCAAAGUGCCCACAAAGACGAGUUUAUUCCACUUGUAUCGAUCAUUGAACCAAGGCCAGACUGUUAAGGAAUGGUAUGUGCAGCACAAACAUUUGUUGGAAAACAUUGAUAUACGAAGAUUUAUCAAUUUUGGAGUACUACGAGGGAUCAUAUAUCGAGUGUAUUCUUAUCCUGUGCUUAAUGCAGUGACACGAUCGAUUGAAAGUGGUGAUUUGCUCCAACCAGAACAUAUCUUGAAGAAUAUGAAACGUAGGAUCAAACAAAAGGAGCACAGAUCAAAGCUGAUGGUGAUGCACAAGGGAGGAGAAACUGAUGAGCUGUUGUUGAGGACAAGAGUUCAUGAGCAAACUUUGAAGACGGAUACGAAUAGACGUGUAAGCUUCUCGUCUGUUGAUGAUAGGUCACAGCAACUGCAGCUGGUAAUCAAGCUGCAGAACCAGCUUGAUCAGUCUCGCAGGCACUGGAGUAUUAUGAGUGAAGUUGUGGAGGAAGAAAGUGACAGUUCGAGUGAAGAGUCUGAUAUUGGACUGAACCUGAGACGUAUCCUGGAAAAUAGCAGGAGAUCACAUAGGACAUCCAGCUCAAUAGGAUCUGAUAAGAUCAUAGAUAGGGUGGAUGACAGAGAUAGAGAAGGAGAAGAAGACACUGGUGGAUCUGACGACGAGGAUGAUGAUGAAGAGGAAGAGGAGCAAAUGAUAUACUUGAUAAAGAUGUUGAAGGGGUUUCAACAUUUUGAUUCAAUUUGUACAGAGUUGCAAAAGUCACGUACUGAGGUUGAAAAGAUGAUUGAGAAAUUGGGGUCUUUCAGUGUUGUCAAUUGUUGA